CUUCCAAUCAACCGAUUCCACCCCCCUCCUUCCCUGGCCUCCCCUUCCACGCUACGCCUGAGCAAAGCCCCCACAUCACCAAGUCCACUCCACCACCCCGCCCCGCCCCGCCCGCAAUCCCGCGCUCACCCACCGCCCCGCUCCCCAUGGCGAAGGCCACGCCACACCCCGCGGGGGAACGGGAUCCCCUGCUCCCAUCCUCCGCCUCCGCCUCCCCGCCGCCCUACCUCGACCACCACCCCGCCGACUCCUACGCGGUGCUGCUCGUCCCCGUCCGCCUCCGCCGCCGCCUGCGCCGCGGGGGCCGCUGCGUCGCCCCCUGCCUCGUCGCCCUCUUCCUCCUCGCGCUCGCGGGCUUCCUCCUCUGGCCCGCCGACCCGGACGUCUCCCUCGCCCGCCUCCGCCUCGCGCACGUCUCCGUCGCGGCGCGCCCUGCCGUCGCCGUCACCAUCUCCGCCGCGCUCAAGGUCCGCGUCCGCAACCCGGACCUCUUCGCGCUCGACUACUCCCGCCUCGACGUCGACAUCGGCUACCGCGGCAAGCGGCUCGGGCGGGUCACCUCCGGCGGCGGGCGCGUCCGGGCGCGCGCCGUGUCGUACGUCGACGCCGACCUGCAGCUCGACGGGAUACGCGUCGUCGAGGACGCGAUCUACCUGCUCGAGGACCUCGCUCGGGGGUCCGUGCCCUUCGACGCCGUCGUCGAGGUCGACGGUCACCUCCACUUGUUCUUCCUCAGCGUACCCGUCAAGGGGAGAAUAUCAUGCGUGGUGCAUGUUAAUCCACACAACCAAACCAUAUUACAUCAGGACUGCUAUCCUGAGUGAAUUUGCUAAUGGCGUGGAAGCUAUCCUACUGGCGAAUGGAUGAUUUCUAAGCUUCGCUUGGAGUUGUGGUUGUAAAACUCAAAUCCAUUGGCUAUGGGUGUACACAUGCAAGAAACAACAAAACUAUACUGGGUGAUGUGCCUAUUGUAAAGUCAUUAGCACGUCAUGUUAAUGCGAAUCUGUUCCCUAAGAAGAAAAUGUCGUUUUACAUUGGUGUUA